AGAGGAGGGUUCGGGGGAGGCGGGCCCUUUUUUCUCGGUGCGUUAUUCCGUCCGUUGCGCGCGCAUUGUGCGGGAGCCUCACGCCUCGUUUUCCUGCCUCCCCCCUCCCGCCGUCCGUCCUUCGCGGAUCUUGCAGAAGAACAGGCCGAGGGAGACCCCCACAAAGAACAACAGAAGCAACAUGGAGGACAGCAGCAUGGACAUGGAGAACAUGGGCUCCCUGCGGCCGCAGACCUUCCUCUUCGGUUGUGAACUAAAGGCAGACAAGGAAUAUCAUUUCAAAGUAAAUGAUGAAGAAAAUGAGCAUCAGUUGUCGUUAAGAACGGUCAGUUUAGGAGCCGGUUGUAAAGACGAGUUGCAUGUUGUUGAAGCAGAAGCGCUGGACUAUGAAGGCAACCAGAUUACAGUCACACUGGCAUCCUUGAAAAUGUCGGUGCAACCUACGGUUUCAUUAGGUGGCUUUGAAAUUACACCACCAGUAAUUCUGCGACUCAAAAGUGGCUCUGGUCCCGUUUAUGUCAGUGGUCAACAUCUUGUGGCAUUAGAAGAAGAGCCAGAAUCUGAAGAUGAGGAGGAAGAGAAAAUUGUCAACACUACGGCAAAGAGGCCCGCCAAUGUGACACUGAGUAAAGUUCCUCAGAAAAAAGCAAAACUGGCAGAGGAGGAGGAUGACGACGACGAUGAAGACGACGACGAUGAAGAAGAUGAUGAAGAUGACGAGGAUGAGGAGGAUGAAGAGGAAGUGAAGAUUCCAAUUAAAAAACUGGUACGUGAUUCUUCUGUGAAAAGCACACCAAAAUCAAACCAGAAUGGAAAAGAUUCUAAGCCAGUGACACCAGCAAAAUCAAAAACUCCAGAAUCUCACAAGGAGAAGAAACCCCAAACUCCAAAAUCACCAAAACCCGUUUCUCUAGAGGAGAUAAAAGCAAAAAUGCAGGCGCAAGUACAAAAGGGAACUACUCUUCCCAAAAUUGGAAACCAAGUUUGUGAAUUCACGUUAAGAAUUACUUGCUUCAGGACAAGAGGAUCAGAAGAUUAUUCAAUCACUCUGGCAGUGGAGACAGACUCUGUAAGCAAAAAGCUUAAAUGGUUCCUUUCCCCCCCCCUUCAUUUUAAAUUCUGUAUGUUUAACCAUUAAUAUCUGGCUGUCUUUUUUUAUAAAUGCUAAAGCUUUCCCUGCAGAGUCUGAUUAAUGUCGUCCAGAAUGUUUUGCCAAGAAUGUGUUGUCCAAAAUGCCUGUUCAGUUUCUAAAGACGAGGAUUCCACCCUUUGGUUCAUUUCAAAUAUGUACGGAAUGUUUUGAUAAAUGCAUAGUAGUGGUGGUCAGACCGAUGGAAAUGACGGGAGACUAAAUGUAAAUGUGAAAAUAAAAAUUUAGUAUUUUAAA